AUGUCGCAACCCCUCACGUUUCUCGUCGCUUUCUCUGCUGUUGUAGGCACUUCCGAAGCCAUCCGACAAAUUCAGUCAGAUUCUAAGAGAAAGGAGCAUCGGAGCCGAAAGAAUAAUCUGAUAGUACGGUGUCCUAAGUCAUCACAAUACAGCCCUAUACUCGAAGGGAGACGUGUAGUUCUAUCUGGUGACAAGCUAUACAUUGAUACAGGUACCGACCAUGACCAGGCCUUCGGUCAUCCGUUUGCUGGAUAUUUCCUCCCAUACCCAGAUUCCAAGUACUCUGGUCUCGUCACAACCAUCUGCGACGAGCCACCAAUCAUGAAUUGGAUAUACAUUGAUCGCGAUACAUAUGAGAUCAAGUUCGGUACUCGUCCAUUGGCACAGCCCAAUUGGCCCGGGCCUUUCGAUUGCUCUCGACAGGACCGCAGGUUGACAUUUUCUGGCUGGGAAGGUUUCCAUGCCGUCAAGGAGGGCGAUUUUGGGCAUUAUAUAGAACUAUUACGCGUAGAGAUGCGUGUUAAACCUUCUAAGAAGGAGGAACCAUCUGCUGGGGGCUCAGAGGAUACCAAAUCCAAGGAAGACCCUUCAGUGUUGGAUGAAAAGCAGUAUGAGCAAAAGAGUGAAGAGAAGGUGGAAGCCACUCAGGAUUUUAACCUGGAGUCGCCAGAUGUGGAUUAA